AUGGCGGAGGAAAUCUCGAAGACGAAGCUCGGAUCUUCUUCUACUGCUGCGGUCGCCGAUUCUGCUGCUGCGGCGGCUGCUACCAAUGCGGCGAAAUCCAGAUGGAAAAUGUUGUGGCCUAAUUCUCUCCGUUGGGUCCCUACCUCCACCGAUUACAUCAUCGCCGCCGAGAAACGUCUUCUCUCCAUCCUCAAGACGCCUUAUGUGCAAGAGCAAGUGAAUAUUGGCUCAGGACCACCAGGAUCCAAAAUCAGGUGGUUUCGUUCUUCGAGCGAUGAGAAUCGUUACAUCAACACUGUUACAUUUGAUGCCAAGGAGGGCUCUCCCACUCUGGUGAUGGUUCAUGGAUACGGUGCUUCUCAAGGUUUCUUCUUUCGUAAUUUUGAUGCUCUUGCCAGUCGAUUUAGAGUCAUCGCUAUUGAUCAGCUCGGGUGGGGUGGAUCAAGUAGGCCUGAUUUUACGUGUAAAAGCACAGAAGAAACAGAGGCAUGGUUUAUCGAAUCCUUUGAGGAGUGGCGUAAAUCCAAGAAUCUGAGUAACUUUAUUCUAUUAGGACAUUCUUUUGGAGGUUAUGUUGCUGCUAAAUACGCGCUUAAGCAUCCUGAGCAUGUUCAACACUUGGUUCUGGUGGGAUCUGCUGGCUUCUCAGCAGAAGCAGAUGCCAAAUCUGAAUGGCUCACUAAAUUUAGAGCAACAUGGAAAGGUGCAGUCUUAAAUCAUUUAUGGGAGUCGAAUUUCACUCCUCAGAAGCUGGUUAGAGGAUUAGGUCCUUGGGGUCCGGGUCUUGUAAACCGGUAUACAAGUGCAAGAUUUGGUGCACAUUCGGUAGGAACGGUGCUAACAGAUGAGGAAUCCAGAUUGCUAACCGAUUAUGUGUAUCAUACUUUGGCUGCAAAGGCAAGUGGAGAGUUGUGCUUGAAAUACAUCUUUUCAUUCGGAGCAUUUGCUCGGAAGCCCCUCCUACAAAGUGCAUCAGAGUGGAAAGUGCCAACAACUUUUAUCUACGGAAUGAAUGAUUGGAUGAACUAUCAAGGCGCAGUGGAAGCGCGGAAAAGCAUGAAGGUCCCUUGCGAAAUCAUUCGUGUUCCACAGGGUGGCCAUUUUGUGUUCAUAGACAACCCAGCUGGUUUUCAUUCUGCAGUGCUUUAUGCUUGCCGUAAGUAUAUCUCUCAAGACUCCUCUCAUCAAGAAGUCAUCCCUGAUGGUUUACAAUUGGUUUAG